GUAUGGUCUAAUUCAGAUGGAUGGACAACAAAUACACAAACGAAUGUAAUAAUCUGGCCUGGUAAUUCAUCAACAGUUCCUACCGGAUUUGCAGCAUUAUUGGGUUUAACCUUAAGAAUUGCUGUUAUCGAUUCAGUUCCAUUUACAAUGAUGUCAGAAAUACAAGAUGCUUCUGGAAACAUAUCAACAAAACUAAUUGGAUAUAUACCAGAUCUUAUUGACGAACUAAAAAAUCGAAUGGGUUUUAUUCCUAAUAUUACUUAUUUUUCUGCAAGUGCCUCAUACGAUGAUCUAGUUAAUUUAGUAGCAAAUGGUACUUUUGAUUUGUUCAUAGGUGAUGUAACAAUUACUGCAGCAAGAAGAGAAAUAGUCGGUUUUUCGAGUACAAUAUAUGAUAACUCAUUACGUGUCGUUGUAAGAGAUGCAGCUAGCGUCAAGUUAGAUCUAUGGUCAUAUUUAAAGCCAUUUUCUGUUAAACUAUGGAUAACUAUAUUAGGUGCUGCUAUUUAUGCUGGUAUCCUGGUAUAUAUAUUAGAAGGACGACAAAAUGAAGCAUUACAAGAUCGUUCAAUAGUUUCUCUAAUUGGAAUGAGUAUGUGGUAUUCUUCCAGUACAAUUAUGGGUAAAAGUGCAGAUUUUCAGACAACGACAGCUCCUGGUCGAAUAUUGACUGCUAGUUUAUAUAUUUUAAGUUUGAUAUUAGUUGCUGCAUAUACUGCCAAUUUAGCAUCUGACCUCACAUUGUCAAAGUCGGCAUGUAGUAUUUCUGGAAUAGAUGAUAUUAAAAAUGGAAAAGUUGCAUAUAGUCGUAUUGGUAUUCGUGUUGGUUCAUCUAUUGAAGAUUAUUAUUUAAGAGAAGUUUCUAGUGGUAGUCGAAAUUAUUAUCCAAUAACAUCAAAAACAAAUGUAUAUAGUGCUCUAUUGAAUGGUAUUAUUGAUGCGACUAUUACUGAUGCUGGUACUGCAGAAUAUAUAGUUAAUAAUAUAUAUUGUAAUUUAACUGUGGUUGGUUCCGAUUUUGAUCAAAGUGCAUAUGGUAUUGCUACUCAGAAAAAUUGGUUAUAUGAACAAGAUUUAGAUCUAGCUAUUUUGUCAUUAAGAGAGGCAGGUUUAUUUGAUAAUCUAACAACUAAAUGGUUUGAAACAAAUAUAUGUUCUCAUUCAUCUGAUACAUCUAGUGCUAUGUCAAUUGAAUCUAUGGCUGGAUUAUUUUUAACUUGUGGAGUUAUUAGUAUUCUGGCUAUAUUAUUUUUUAUAUGGAAAAGACGAUAUCUCGUAAAAAAUUAUCUCCUUGUACUUUUCUAUGAAAAAGACACAUUAACUCAACGAAAUACUUGA